UCCGACAACACAACAAUGGCCGCUUCAGCUAAAGGACUAGAGCUGUCUAAAGCUGAGUACCUAAAACGUUAUUUAUCCGCUGACGAAGAUGGCAAGAAGUCAAAGGGGAAGCCUAAAAAGAAACGGCGUCCGGUUUCAGAUAAAAGACUUACAAUUGUGGACGAUGACAUAGACUGGAAACAGAUGAUCAAUGAGGAGGAGGAUGAAGAAGACGAAGAGGAAGCUCCAGUGAUUGCUGAGAUGAUUGACGAAAGACCAGCGGAUGUGAAACAGCUGGAAGCCUUCAGAACCAGCCAUAGAUGGAAAGUUAUUGGAGCUGACGAAAAUGAAGACACAGAAGAAGUCGAAGGAGAAGAUAAUCAACAGCAAGAGUCAGAGGCACCAAGCGGGAGUCGCCAUGACUCUCCGGACAUAUCCCCUCAAAGAAGAGGUCGCCAUGACUCCCCAGACAUGUCCCCUCAAGGAAGAGGUCGUCAUGACUCCCCAGAUAUGUCCCCUCAAGGAAGAGGUCGUCAUGACUCCCCAGACUUGUCACCUCCUAGGCAGUCGAAGAAAUCGGGGAAGGCAGAAAGUAAAGAUUCAUCAAGUAAAAAACGCUCACCUGAUUCUCAGCAAUCAACACUGGGAAAAAGAGCUCAGAAUCGGCACAAUUCAGACUCUGACCAGUCACCUCCAAGAAAAAAGCUGCCUAAGGGAGAAGAUGCAGACUCGGACCAAUCCCCUCCAAGGAGGAAAAACAAAACAAAACGGGGCUCUGAUUCGGACCAGUCGCCACCCAGAAGGCGACCGCGGGGUGGAAAGGACUCUGAUGAAGAUCUGUCACCACCUCGUAGGCCUGGCCAGGUCCCAAGGAUGCUCUCUGGUGGGACGUCAGGUCUUGUUUCAAUAGAUGUUUUAAGAAAGGAGAAGGAGGAGAACAAACGCAGAGACAGAAACAACCUGCCACUGGAAGAUCAAUCACGCAAUGCCCAGACAGUGUUCCGAGACAAGACUGGUAAGAGGAGGGAUUUGGAUACAGAGAGAGAAGAGAAGCUAAAGAAAGCUGGAGAAAAGGCAGCAAAAGAUGAGAAAUAUGCUCAGUGGGGAAGAGGGAUGGCUCAGGGCCAGAUGUAUCAGCAGAAACUUGAAGAUGCGAUGCAUGAAGCCCACAAGCCGCUGGCACGUCAACGCGACGACGAGGAUCUUGAUCGCAUGUUGAGAGAUAAGCAGAGGGAAGGAGAUCCAAUGGCUGCAAUGAUCAGAAAGAAAAAAGAACGCAGUUCAAACACACAUGACAAACCUAGAUAUAAAGGUCCUCCACCACCUCCAAACCGCUUCGAUCUUCUACCAGGUUAUCGCUGGGAUGGAUGCGACAGGUCAAAUGGUUUUGAACAGAAACGCUACACUCGAAUCGCGGAUAAAAGGGCAGUCCAGGAUGCGGCCUAUAAAUGGAGCGUAGAGGACAUGUAAUGGGAAUCAGAUCUGGAGCCAAGCUGAAGUGCAGGACCACUUGUCCCUAGAACUAAACAUGAGCCAGAACAUCUGAUUUGAGGCUGUUCAAAAAGCUGUGUAUAAGACUCAUCUAUUCAACAGAACUCACAUUUUGAAUGGAUUGAGAAAUACUUUGUUUACCAUGAAAAGUAAUGUAAUACUGUCAAAUGGACAUCAGAUUAUGACAAAGUGAAAAAACAAAAACAUAAUUGUACAUAGCAGUGAAGUGACAGCAUCUUUAUUAUUUUAUAAUAAUAAUAAGUCGAUGUGGAGCC